UCGGGUCGGAAUGGAAGACGGUCCGUACGAGUUGAUUAAUUGAAAGCAUGUGAUUGGCCGGAACCUUCGAUGCCAAUAGCCGAGGGCAAACCGGGUCGGGUGGGAAAGUUCGAUGAUGGAAGACUUCCAUUUCCUCUUUUGCCACUAUUCCCGAUAGCAACUCUUGUUUAGAAUAAUUGCUCGGCCGGUUGAUUGAUUCUCUUUCAUCUUUAAUAUAUUGUCCUAGAUUUUUUUACUUGGCUCUUCUAUAAACUUUCCUUCACCUAAUUGCCAAUUGCGACGGCAAUCAAUAAGGGAAUCGACUAGCCAAACCAACCAAAUCAGCCAAAACCACUCUCCCAAAUUGGCCCGCAAUGGCAGCUCUCCGCUCAACCUCGUCACGGCUACUUGCCGCUGCCGCCUCGCCGCGAUCCACCGUGCUCCCUUCCGUAUUCGUGCGAUCAAUGGCUUCAGUAGGCACCACCAACGUUGAUGCGAUCCCGAAAAGCAGCACCGACACUCGCAUGAAGUCGUUCCAAAUCUACCGAUGGAACCCUGACACCCCGAGCGAGAAGCCGAAGAUGCAGACGUACACGCUAGACCUGAACAAGACGGGGCCCAUGGUGCUCGACGCCCUGAUCCGGAUCAAGAACGAGCUAGACCCCACGUUGACCUUCCGCAGAAGUUGCCGAGAGGGCAUCUGCGGCAGCUGCGCGAUGAACAUCAACGGGACCAACACCUUGGCUUGCUUGUGCCGCAUUCCCACCGACACCAGCGCCGAGAUGAAGAUCUACCCGCUCCCCCACACAUACGUAGUCAAGGAUCUCGUCCCGGACUUGACGCACUUCUACAAGCAGUACAAGUCGAUCAAGCCGUACUUACAGAGGGACACCCCCGCCCCCGAUGGCAAGGAAUACCGACAGAGCAGAGCCGAGCGCCGAAAACUAGACGGCCUGUACGAGUGCAUCCUGUGCGCGUGCUGCUCGACGUCCUGCCCCUCCUACUGGUGGAAUGCCGAGGAGUACCUCGGCCCCGCCAUCCUCCUCCAGUCCUACCGCUGGAUCGCCGACUCCCGCGACGAGCGCACGGCCGAGCGCAAGGCCAUGCUCGACAACUCGAUGAGCCUGUACCGAUGCCACACCAUCCUCAACUGCACGCGGACCUGCCCCAAGGGCCUGAACCCCGGUCUCGCGAUCGCCGCCAUCAAGAAGGAGAUGAGCUUCUAAGCUAAGAUAAGCGGAGCUGAGCUGAGCUGAGCUGAGUUAAGCUAAGCUGGACCGAGUUGGGCGAAGAGUAGAGAGAAGAAAGUACCGAGAAAACUUGUACGAGUCCCUAU